AUGCCACACAUGUUUUUAAUAUUUGCACUCUUGCUGUUAUCAUAUCAGAAAGGUUGCCUAAACGAUGAGGGAACAUACCAAAUAGGCGUAAAGAUAUAUGCUGAUAGAAAUUCUCGCCAUGUGAUUACAAACUACAUCCACCACAUUCUCCCACAUGCCUUUACUGAGCACAUUGAGCCAUCCCAUACAGAGUUUGAAUCUGCACACAUAAAGCACUAUUUCGGGGCAAUAUUCAACGCUGUGAAUAAGACAUUGAAGGGUACGAACGUGCAGUUCAAGGCCGAUUAUUCCGAGCUUUUCAAACAUGAGUAUUCCGAACUACACGAAAAAUACUGUGGAUAUUUUUCAAACAUAACGGCAAUAACUGAAAAUUUCUUGAACGACUUUAAGGACCCUCACUCGCUAGGAGACAACAAAAUACUGCUAGUGGACUGUAGACACAACAAUGCAUUUCUGCCCACAAGUAGCCAUAUGGCAAGUAAGAAUCGAUGUGGAAAGAUUCACGGUAUACUCCUUACUGAUCCUGAAAUAAUGAAGCACAAAAUAGCCGAAGGACUGUACAGAAUAUUCUCAACAAAGAGCAUAUCCCAGAUUCAGGGCAUUAAUGGUGCCAUAUUGGCUGAUAUUUGCCAAUAUGUGCAGUUCUGUAAUGCAAACUACGAUAAAACAGGCAUUUUCACUAAGGAUCUGGGAAUGCUGACUCAUAAGACUCUUUCUGACGGGGGAAUAAAGGGAUAUGGAUAUAAUAUAGCAGGAAGAUUUGUUAAAAACUUUGGACACGAUUUUACACGAAACAUUGAAUAUGAGGACAGCCAGUACAACCAUCAUGACCACGGAUUCUUCCACGGAGAUGACGGUUACUAUCACAGAAGACACGAUGUUCAUGAUGAUGAUAGUUGCCACAGAAUUGACGAUCAUCACUACAACCACCAUAACCACCGCGACGAGCAUGAGCCGCAUUUAAAUGAACCUAAUCACUAUAGCCAUGGUGAGCAGCAUAGUGUUCAUACAGAUGAGCCACACUAUGGAGAAAACCAUGAACAGCCGGCCAAUGACAGAGACACAAGACGUAGUAAUGGUAUUGUUGUUAAUCACAAAGAACUUCAUUAA